CUAGACUUGCGACAUCACUGGCAAGCUCACUUUCGAAAAGGGGAAAGCCCAAGCUAUAGAAUUCCCCAUAGGCCAUCUGGCGGGUCAUCGACACCGACUGUACGAGCGGGGCAAAAAGUGGCCUGGGCCGACCAACAUCUGACGACGAUAGACCGACUCAAGGCUGUACAAGAUGGAUAUUGCACACUCGCUCCCCACCCAGGCCAAGGCCAUCUCCUUUUCUUUCUUGUCGAGCCGAGAUAUCAAGGAUAUAUCUGUCAAGCAGAUCACAAAUCCGAUCCUGCUGGACAACUUGAACAUGCCGACCACUGGGGGGUUGUACGAUCCUGCUCUCGGACCAGCCGACCGAGCCGAUGUAUGCGCCACCUGUCACCUCUCGUCUUACCAAUGUCCCGGACAUUUCGGUCACAUCGAAUUGCCGGUACCAGUGUUCCACCCGCUCUUCAUGAACCAAGCGUUCGGUCUCUUGCGUAGCGUCUGCAUGUUCUGUCAUCAGUUCAAGAUGCCCGAGCUCGUUCUCAAAAAGUACGUCGCUCGUCUACAACUCCUCGACCACGGUCUGCUAGCCGAAUCUCAGAUCGUGGCCAACAUGACCCCGAAGACGCGAUCGACCGGGGGAGCUCGUGAGGAUGCAGAAGAUGGUGAAGAUGCCGUUCCCGUUGAGACUGUCGAACAAUUCUCGGCACGGAUAGACAAGGCGGUCAAGAAGUUUAUCGACGAGUCCAUGAUGGCAGACGAAGGGGUUGCCGAUGUCGGGACGUCUGAUAGGAAGCCUAACCUGCAGAGGACACAGCCUUCCGGCCGGGAUAACUACAAGGACGGGCUCGUUUACGCCGAGAGGAGGGAUCUUUUGCACGAAUUCGGCAGGAAGGCUUACAUGAAGUGUUCCCACUGCAAUGCCGCCGCCUUUACUUACCGAAAAGAGGGAACCGUCAAGAUCAUCGAGUACGGUCUUUCCAAAAAGCACCAGGAUCAGAACAUGGCGUUGGGUAGAAAACGACCAAACGUUCUCGCCAUGUCGAAACAGUCGUCUCGGGUCAAGAAGGAGAACGGAGCGGCCGAUGGGGACAGCGAUUCUGGUCACGGUGGAAGCGACGUGUCGGAAGACGAAGCUGAUGGGAUGGAUGUCGAUGCGACGUCAUCCGCUGAUGAAGGCGAGAUACUGAUGGAGGACAAGGUCAACGGCGUUGCUCGAGGUGUCAACGGAGCUGUCAAGAGUUCGCGGGGUCGAGACGAGCGGAUCGUCAUGGCCGAAGAAGUGCGAGCGCACCUGCGGCUGGUCUUCCGUAACCAACCCGUAGUCUGUUCUUUGCUGUACGGCCGACACGGACCUAACGUGUGGCAAUCGGAGACCAAUGCUGGAUCUGCCUUUAAUGCCCCAUCAGCCAGCGCCGACAUCUUCUUUAUGGAUGUGGUACCCGUUCCUCCCACCCGAUUCCGACCUGCCUCCAAGAUGGGCGACUCGCUAUUCGAGAACCCUCAAAACAGUCUGUUGGCCAAGAUCUUGACCACUGGUCAAUUGAUCGUCAGCAAUCGAACACGGCUGGCCGAGCUACAGCAAGCCAUGCCUGACGUGGAGGAAGCGCUCGAGAAGACUGCGAAAGAGGCCGCACUGCGAACAUGGACUCAGCUCUUGGAGGGUAUCUUUCAAAUCCAGCACGAUGUCAACAGCUUCUUGGACAGCUCGAAGAACCCGACAAUCAUGAAGGGUGGGAUGCUGCCCCCUGCUGGUGUCAAGCAGAUCUUAGAGAAAAAGGAGGGUUUGUUCAGGAAGCACAUGAUGGGUAAACGAGUCAACUUUGCUGCUCGUUCCGUCAUCUCGCCCGAUAUCAACAUCGAGACCAACGAGAUCGGUGUACCUCCUGUCUUUGCGCGCAAGUUGACUUUCCCCGAGCCGGUUACGCCUCACAAUGUUCACAUUAUGCGUCAACUGGUUAUCAACGGACCGAAGGCAUACCCUGGUGCAAUGAUGGUACAAAACGAGGACGGUCAGCAGAUCUCCCUGGAGAGGAAGACCAUUGAAGAGCGAACGGCGAUCGCCAAUCAGCUUUUGACCCCUCAAGAGGGAUCUGCUGCAUCGAACCCGGACGGUCUUACCACUCGAACACCGGCCAUCAAUAAAAAGGUCUUGCGACACCUGCAAGAUGGUGACAUCCUGAUCCUCAAUCGUCAACCAACUUUACACAAGCCUUCAAUGAUGGCUCAUCGCGCCAAAAUUCUCAAGGGGGAAAAGACCAUCCGAAUGCACUACGCCAACUGCAACUCGUACAACGCCGAUUUCGACGGAGACGAGAUGAACAUCCAUUUCCCCCAAAAUGAAGUGGCUCAGGCGGAAGCUCGGAUGAUUGCCAACACCGACAACCAAUACCUUGGACCCACCUCGGGUAGUCCUCUUCGUGGUCUGAUCCAAGAUCACGUCGUCGCUGGUGUGCACAUGUGCAACAAGGCUACUUUCUUCACAAGAGAGGAGUACUACCAAAUCAUCUAUGGAGCUCUUCGACCGGAGGACAACUACACUGGGCAGGGUCGUGUACAUACGCUGCCGCCAGCGAUCUGGAAGCCGAGACCCAUGUGGACGGGUAAACAGAUCAUUUCUACUAUCAUGCUUAACAUCACGCCUCCCAACCUUGAAGGUUUGAACUUGACUUCCAAGAACAAGAUUCAGAACAGUUUAUGGCAACGAGACGACGGGUCGGAUCCCAACAUGUCCGAGGAACAAGCGGUCUUUCUCGACGGUUACCUUGUUCGUGGUGUCUUGGACAAGUCUCAAUACGGGGCCUCUGCGUAUGGUCUGGUCCACUCGGUCCACGAAGUCUAUGGACCAGAGAGCGCUGGACGAUUGCUCAGCAUUCUGUCACGGCUGUUGACAAAAUACUUGCAGCAUAUCGCUUUCACCUGCAGAAUGGACGAUCUUAUUCUUACGAAAGAGGGUGAAAAGAUCCGAGCCCAGAUCCUCGAGGAUGCGAAAGGAGAUGGAGCCCGUGCAGCCAUGGAAUACGUCGGCUUGCCCAAGGAUGGUAAUCCCAAGGACCCUGACACGGCUCGGAACUUGGCCAUCCGUCUGGAAGAAAUCUUGCGAGACGAUGACAUGAUGGCAGGAUUAGACGGCGCAAUGCAGGCCGCUUUCAAUAAGACCACCUCCAAGAUCAAUAACGUGGUAGUGCCCGGGCAUUUGGUCAAACCGUUCCCCGACAACAACAUGCAGACCAUGACCAUCUCCGGAGCCAAGGGUUCAAAGGUCAACGCUACGCAGAUCUCGACACUACUGGGGCAACAGGCUCUGGAAGGUCGACGUGUGCCGACAAUGGUUUCGGGAAAGACUUUGCCCUCGUUCAAGCCGUUCGACACGUCGGCGCGAGCCGGAGGAUACGUCGCCAACCGUUUCUUGACUGGUGUACGACCCCAGGAGUACUACUUCCACUGCAUGGCAGGACGUGAAGGUCUAAUCGACACCGCUGUCAAGACAAGUCGUUCCGGAUAUCUGCAGAGAUGUCUGAUCAAGCAUCUUGAGGGGAUCAGGGUGCAUUACGACCACACGGUCCGUGAUGCCGACCAAUCUGUCUUGCAAUUCUUCUAUGGAGAGGAUGCUCUGGACGUCACUCGUCAGAAACAUCUUUAUGAGUUUGACUUCUGUUUGCGCAAUAUGAAGAGUUUCACGAACCGAUUCUCCGCCGCGGACAUUGAGGACAAGAUGGAUCAGAACACGGCCGUCUCGCUCAUGAAGAAGUCGUUGAAGCGGCCCAACAAGUACGAACCGCCAAUGUCGAGGUAUUCUCCUAGUCGAUACCUGGGAAGCAUGUCCGAGAAGUUUGCCGCUGAAUUGGACAAGUUCGUCGAGAAGAACCCCGGCAAAUUGCUCGGUACCAAGAAAACGCUAGAGUCCGACAUUCCUCAAGGUCUUCGGCACGAUCAGCUGGUCGCUCCAAGCACGUUCAAGAUCUUGUCGCGGGUGAGAUAUGUCAAGUCGUUGAUUGAUGCGGGAGAAGCCGUCGGGAUGUUAGCAUCACAAGGUGUUGGUGAACCAUCCACGCAGAUGACUUUGAACACUUUCCAUCUGGCUGGUCACGGUGCUGCCAACGUUACAUUGGGUAUCCCUCGGCUUCGAGAGAUCGUCAUGACGGCGGCCAAAAAGCCCAAGACGCCCACAAUGAAAUUACCGAUAAGCGAAGCCAUCAGCGACGACGCCAUUGACAAGUUCAUGAAGAAGACUAGUCGACUGAACUUGUCGGAAGUUGUGGAGCGUGUCACGGUUACCGAACGUUUGUCGGCCAAGACCAUCGAACAGAUCGAUCGUCGUCGGACAUACACGGUGUUGCUCGAGUUCUACGACAAGGCCGAAUACCUCGAGGAGUACCAUGUUACGCCCAAGCAGAUCAUGGAGAGCUUGCCGUCUUCCUUUGCCGUCCAUCUACAAAAGGAGAUCACCAAGGAGUUCAAGGCCGCUGCCAAGGCUUUGGCCAACGACAUCAACAGUGUCGGCAAGGGUCGAGCCGUGCGAGAAAAUGCCGAUCAAGUCAACGAAGAUGACGAACGGGUCGGACGAGACGAGGAAUUGGACGACGACGGUGAUGCGUACGAGAUGAAGCGUAAGGCGCAAGCCGAGCAGAUCGCCACUUAUGAAUCGGACGAGGAGGAAGAUACGGACGAGCGGGACGAAGAGGAUAUUCUCGCUGCCCGGAUGGAAGAAGACAGCGAUGACGAGGACGAUGGUGACACCAAGGUCGGGGACGCUAUCGAGAAGGCAAAGGAUGAGCAGCGUAUCGAAGAUGUCGGCGAAUACUUCAAGCUGGCUUCGAAAUACGCCACCUCCUUUAGCUUUGACUUGGUGAACGGUCGAUCUUGUCAAUUCGACCUAGAGUUUACCGGUAACUCGCAAAAACUCUUGCUCAUUGAUGUCAUCGAGCGAUGUUGUCGAAAAGCAGUCAUCCACGAAGUUCAGGCGAUCGGCAGGUGCAUGAAGAUCUUCAAUGACAAGGGAGAGUUCACUCGUCAACUCAUUACGGAAGGAAGCAACUUGCCGGCGAUGUGGCGUAUUGCGUCUGACAUGAUCGAUGUCAACAAGAUCGAUACUAACGACAUCUACGCUGUGCUGGAAACCUACGGCGUGGAAGCUGCUCGUGCCGCGAUCAUCCGAGAAGUAUCUGGAGUUUUCGGCGUGUACGGAAUUGCAGUUGACUAUCGUCACUUGACGGUACUUGCCGAUUACAUGACUCACGAGGGCGGGUAUAAGCCAUUCAACCGUACGGGUAUCGCUAGCAAGAGCUCGCCUCUGCUCAAGGCAUCAUUCGAGACUACCGGUGCAUUCUUGUCCGACGCCACAUUGCACGGAGACUUUGAUGACUUGCGAAGUCCAAGUGGAAGUAUCGUGAUGGGAACUCCUGUGGCCGCUGGGAGCGGAUCUUUCGACGUUCGCACCGCAGUCGAAGCAUACUAGUUGCAAUUUUAUAGAGCCCCGUUGUAAAGCACAAUUUGUAUGAAAGGCAUCACUAUCGUUUCGGCUGUCCUGCUUGUGAGGAUGUAUAUGCAUAAUACCACCUGGC